ACCUGCCACGUCCGUGUCCGUAACGGUAACUUCCUGGUAGGAGCAAGAGCGCUUGUGUUAUUCAUUGUAAACCAACCAAUGAAGAGUUAAUUUCUCUCCUCGAGGUGUUACUUUCAGCAAUGAAGUAAACGGUAAGACUGAUUGCGAUUCCGUGUAUGAGGAAAACAUGUUCGUUCAGUGAGUCAUACACAGCUGUAGAGACCGACUCGGCCCGCGGUUAGCAUUAGCAUUAGCGUUGGUGCUAAUCUCAUCCCUCUGCCAAACCCAGCUGUCCUCCGGUUCAGCUGUGUGUGCAGCCAGAAGAAGUGUUUUGCCAUGAAUGGACAGUUAGACCUUAGUGGGAAGCUGAUCAUCAAAGCCCAGUUGGGCGAUGACAUCCGGCGCAUCCCCAUCCACAAUGAGGACAUCACCUAUGAUGAGCUGCUGCUCAUGAUGCAGAGAGUCUUCUGUGGCAAGCUACAAAGCUCAGACGAGGUCACUAUCAAGUACAAGGAUGAAGAUAAUGAUCUUGUCACCAUUUUUGACAGUUCUGACCUUUCCUUCGCCAUCCAGUGCAGCAGGAUACUUAAACUGACGUUGUUUGUGAACGGGCAGCCCAGACCCUUGGAGUCCAGCCAAGUGAAGUAUCUGCGCCGUGAGCUCCUUGAGCUGAGGAAUAAAGUGAACUAUUUGCUGGACAGCCUGGAACCCCCCGUUGAACCGGGAGUCACCCUUGGCACCCCUGAUAGUGAGGCAUCAGACAGCCGGGAGGGCAAAGCCAUAGCUUCAGACUCCACCGCACAGCAGCCGGUUCCAGUCAGCGCAGCCAGCAUGUCAGCUUUUGACCCACUCAAGAACCAGGAGGACGUCAGCAAAAAUGUGAUCUCUUCCUUCGGGAUAUCAGAAGACCGCAUUUCAGGACCCCAUGGCAGUUUGCCUGAGGAGCGGUCCAGCACCCCAGACAGCACCACCUCAGCCUCAUCAGCCGCACAGCAGCCUGGCAUGCCCCCCCAGCCUCACGGACCCUAUACAGGAGUCCAGCAGCCCCCUCCUGCCACCAUGGAUGGUCAGAUGUAUCAGCAAUACCAGGCCACAGGUGGAUAUCCCCCUCAGCAGGUUUAUGGUAUGCCAUACCCAGCAGGCUACACCCCUCAGACAGGAGCUCCUCAGCCAGCUCCUCCUCAACAGCAGUUCCAAAACUACAGUGCCCCAACUUCUCAGGCUGCUGCCCCAGCACCAGGGUUCACAGGGCAGCCCCAGGCUCAAGCCCAGGGUGGGCAGCAGUAUACCCCUGGUACAUUCCCCCCACAAAACUACACUUCACAGGCCUCACAGCCUGCUAACUACAGCAUGCCCCCCACCUCCCCACCUGGCCCUGGAUACCAGCCUCGCCCUGGCUACACUGCACCCCCAGGAAGUACGGUGACCCAGCCCCCUCCGAGCAGCUCUAACCCAUAUGCCCGCAAUCGUCCCACUUAUGGUCAGGGCUAUACCCAGCCAGGCCCAGGAUACCGGUAAAAGGUGAUAAUGGGCACUCUGCUCCAGAGCUUGAAAACAGUCUGUUUCUAGUUGGCAGCCAAGAUCAUAACCCUUGAAGAAUCCACAAGAACUCUGCACCCAUCUUGUUGAUUGUCCUUUGUUUUUAUGCUGAUAGUGCUUCACAGACUAUUGAAGCACUAUGGAUAAUAUACAGAUGGGAGAACAAGUAGGAGGAGAUGUUUUGUGUGAUCACCUUUCAUUUUAUCUGUAAGUGAACUGAAGUCUGCAACACUACUUUGAUGUAGAGUAAAUACUUUGGCUGUAACUCAGUGAUUCUGAAAAUUGCACCUGUAUUUAUGUUUGUCUAGAUUAAUAUAGCCCCCUUAUUCAACUGGAUUUUAAAAGAUCUAUCAUGGGAAUGAAGAUUGCCGAUGAUGAGUUGUAUUAUAAACUAUACAGUAUUCUUGGGAAACUAAUAAAGGCAUCA